AUGGCUGCCAAACACCAUGUUAUUAGAUCAAUCAGCCUGCCCUCAAGGUCUCACCCUAAUACUCUUAGGGUUGAAGAGGAGCUGAACAGGCUCCAAACAUCGUCAUCUUGUGAUUCAACUUUAGACUCAAUCUGCAAAUCUCUAUGUGGGCUAGACGAGUUGUAUGAGUGUGUAGAUGAUCUUUUACAGAUGGCAUCAACCCAACAGCUCCUUUCUCAACACCAACAAAAGAAGUGCAUGGAUGAGUUGUUGGAUGGAUCACUCAUGAGGCUCUUGGACAUAUGUGGCAUCACAAGAGAUGCCAUUUCAACAAUCAAGGAACAUGUUAGAGAUCUUCAAUCUGCUCUUAGGAGGUGA